CCGCCCUCCAUCUUUCUUCUCUUGUCAAGUUUUCGAAGAACCAACGUGUUGUUCGUUUUCUUAAAAUCCAAAAAAUGGGUUUCCAAAAUAUCUGGUAUUCUCACCCCCGCAAAUAUGGGCAAGGCUCCAGGUCAUGCCGAGCUUGCUCAAACAGGCACGGAUUGAUCCGUAAAUAUGGGCUCAAUAUCUGCCGGCAGUGCUUCAGAGAAUACGCUGCUGAUAUUGGCUUCAAGAAGCUGGAUUAAUUUUGGACGUCAAGUGCGUUUUUCAAACACUUGAUUAUUUAAUGUAAUUUCUAAUUUGAAGUAAAUAAAACAACAGUUUAAUAAAAA